AUGGCGGCCGUGGAAGCGGCUACGGAGCUGGGAACUGUGGUGACGGCCUUCGAGCCGAAGGCGAAGGACGAAGAGGAGGAAGACGAGGAGGAGGAGUCGCUGCCACCUUGCGAGGCAGUGCGCUGGGCCCCACGGCGGCAGCUGGACUCGGCCCUGCUCGCGCUGUCCUCGCACUUCGCGCAGGUGCAGUUCCGUCUGCGCCAGGUGGUGCGCGGGGCGCCGGCGGAGCAGCAGCGACUCCUGCGCGAGCUCGAAGACUUCGCCUUCCGCGGCUGCCCUCACGUCCUGGGCUACGAGGGGCUGCAAGGCCCCUGCGGCGGCGACGGCGGCGGCGGCGGGCUUCCGGACGACCGGCCUCGCGUGCGGGGCGAGGACCAGAGUGAGCAGGAAAAACGAGAGCGCCUGGAAACCCAGAGGGAGAAGCAGAAAGAAUUGAUUUUGCAGCUCAAGACCCAGCUUGAUGACCUGGAAACCUUUGCAUAUCAGGAGGGCAGUUAUGACUCCCUGCCGCAGUCCGUGGUCUUGGAAAGACAGCAGGUGAUCAUCGAUGAGCUAAUAAAGAAACUGGACAUGAAUCUCAAUGAGGACAUCAGUUCCCUGUCAACCGAGGAGCUGCGCCAGCGUGUGGAUGCAGCAGUGGCUCAGAUUGUCAACCCAGCUCGGGUGAAGGAACAGUUGGUUGAGCAACUGAAAACCCAGAUCCGAGACCUUGAGAUGUUCAUCAGCUUCAUCCAAGAUGAAGUGGGAAGCCCCAUGCAGACAAGUGGACACUGUGAGUGCAAGGCCAGCGGGAAGUCAGGAAACGGCUUCACCAGAACCGGCAGCAGCUCUGUGCCCCCAGGAGCUGGCAAAACAAAGGCAGAAGACGUGAAGAGAGUCCGGGAAACAGGGUUACACCUGAUGCGCCGAGCGCUGGCUGUGCUCCAGAUCUUUGCUGUUAGCCAAUUGGGCUGUGCCACAGGCCAGAUCCCUCAGUCCUUGUGGCAGAGGGACCAGGCAGACAGAGACUACUCCCCCUUACUGAAAAGGCUGGAAGUGUCAGUAGACAGAGUGAAGCAGCUAGCCCUGAGACAUCAGCCACAUGACCAUGUCAUCACUUCGGCCAACCUCCAGGACCUCUCUCUAGGAGGCAAGGACGAGCUAACCAUGGCUGUGCGGAAGGAACUGACAGUGGCCGUGAGGGACCUGCUGGCCCAUGGCCUCUACGCCACCUCCUCUGGGAUGAGUCUUGUCAUGGCCCCCAUUGCUUGUUUGUUGCCAGCCUUCUCCUCAGCCCCUGAGACCAUGCAUCCCUGGGAGCUCUUUGUGAAGUACUAUCAUGCCAAGAAUGGCCGUGCAUAUGUGGACUCCCCAGCCCGGAAGCUCUCACAGUCCUUUGCGCUGCCUGUAAUGGGUGGUAGUGCUGUGACCCCCAAACAGAGCCUUCUGACAGCCAUCCACCUGGUGCUGACAGAGCAUGACCCUUUCAAGCGCAGUGCUGACUCGGAGCUGAAGGCUUUGGUGUGCAUGGCCCUGAAUGAGCAACGCCUGGUGUCCUGGGUGAACCUCAUCUGCAAGUCAGGCUCCCUCAUCGAGUCCCAUUACCAGCCCUGGAGCUACAUGGCCCACACAGGUUUUGAAAGUGCCCUCAACUUGCUCAGCCGCCUCAGCAGCCUCAAGUUCAGCCUUCCUGUGGACUUGGCGGUGCGCCAGCUCAAGAACAUCAAGGAUGCCUUUUGAUGAGAGAGAACCCUGACCUUGGACCCCACAUGCCUUGCUCUCAAGAGGUAGAGGGCCUCAUGUUCUACAGUACAAGCCGCAGAGCCAGAGGGACCCUUACAGACAUUUUUAUUUUUCUUAAACUCUUUUCAGGUGGUCAGCCAAAUGGAGGCAAAGUCUGUUUUCCUCUUAGCGUAUUAGAAAGAUGUGCCAGAGACUGUCAUCAAAAAUAGUGUCAGGGGCCUGAGAGAUGGCUCACCAGGUAAAGAUGCUUGCUAUCACACCUGGCAAUCUGAGUGAGGCUGGGGACCCGCACGGUACAAGGAAAGAACAGUCCUCUCACAAGUUGUCCUCUUACCUCCACACAUGAACUGUGCGCAUCCCUGCCCAAACACAAAUCAAUUUAAUAAUAAAAUCUGAGAAAGUGUGUCAGGACUAGAGGUGCUGUCGCCCAGGGAAGUGUGCCUGGAAAGCAUGCACACAGCCAAGCUGAGGACGUUGAAAGCAAGCAGAGAGCCGCCCCAGCCCACCACAGUGUACCUGUCCCACUGUGUUAACAAAAUCACUUACCACGCAUAGCUGAUGCCCAGCUCACUCUGGCAUGUCUGAUUUUUAGAAAAUGCAGGUUGGGCCCCGUUCUCUUCUUGGCAGCAAGUCACUGUGAGGGAGUUCUGGAAGACACUGAACUUGAGGCUCCUGCUAAUUCAGUUGGAAGCAGUCCUCUCCUUCAGAAGCAGCUGUGAGAGUCCUAGGGCCAGAACUGUAAUUCCAGUUAGGAAUUCUGAUUCCCCUUUCUUCUAAGGGAGUUUUAGUGUGAGUCUAAGAUGAGAGUGGAAAUCCUCCUGCUGAGGUAAUCCUUACACAGACAGUGCUUUUCCAGUUACAGAGAACAACAACUGAUGUCAGGUACUAUCUCUGGAAAGUCACUUUCCUCUGUGACCCUCUCAGGACUGACAGUCUUUGGAAAUGAAAGCAUUCAGAAAAAUCCUUGUCACUCAAGAACACACAGCACACACAGUGAUGAGUGGCACAGUCCCCUUGUGACCCGCUGACACCACUUGACCUGAAGAGUGUCUGACAGGGAAGGUACUCAGCAGCAGGGCCGGGCCAGGGAUUAUUACUGGUCUCCAUACAGACCACACUCCUGCACAUCUGUGAAAGUGACUCCCCUGUGUGGUAGCUGGCAGCGGGCGGGCACAUGCUGCAGCACUCACCGGAGAUGGGUGAACUAAACUGCCACUUCACUCUUAAAGUGAAGUACACUUUAACUUACGAGUCAUUGACAUUUAAUGGAAAUAAGUGCAGUUUCCCUAUGAAACACAACAGUGUUUCAGGGCUUGGGAUGCAGUUCAGUCGUAGACUGUGUGCCUGGCCUGUCUGGGGCCUUGUCGUUCGAUCCUCAGCACCACCCCUAGGGGAAAAAAAUUGUAAAAUAUCAUAAAUAAUGAUUUAUCUGUGAUCGAUAAUAAAAUUACAAUAUUUUGUGUAGUUUCUCAGCAGA